AUGGUUUGUCUACUUCACAAAUCAUUAUACGGUCUUAAACAAGCCUCACACACUUGGUUUCGUCGGUUCUCUUUUGCCAUUCAAGACAUUGGUUUCCAACAAUCUCGAGCCGAUUACUCGUUGUUUACUUUGGUUCGUGGAAACUCUAUUACUGUGAUAUUACUGUAUGUUGAUGACAUGAUCAUUACAGGAAAUGAUGAGCAGGAAAUUCGGACUCUCAAGCAGUUUCUCAACGGAUGCUCUAAAGACGGGAUUUCAAUUUGUCAACGAAAGUACACUCUAGACAUAUUGGAGGAAGCUGGUUUGCUUGAAGUGAAACCCACUAAAGUCCUUAUGGAACCUGAGUUGGUACUGACGACAACAGGCAGUGAUGCCCUCAAGGAACCAGCUCAAUAUCGACGAUUAAUUGGAAAAUUAAUCUACCUCACCAUCACCAGGCCAGAGAUUACAUAUGCAGUGAAUACUUUGAUUGCAACUGGACUGCUAGAUUUGUAUGCAACGUUGGGGAGAUUAAAUUAUUCACUGAAGGUUUUUGGGGAGGUAAAUAAUCCUGACAAAGUAGCUUGGAUUGCAAUGCUUGCAGGCUAUACAUUGCAUGGGAAUGGGAGAGAAGCAAUGGAGCUCUUUAAAGGCAUGGUUAAGGUAGGUGUGGAGCCUAAUCACGUCACUUUCACUCAUUUGCUAAGUGCUUGUAGCCAUUCAGGGCUUGUUAAGGAGGGAAAGAAUUACUUCGACAUUAUGUCUGAAGUUUAUGGAAUUGAGCCUAGGUUGCAUCACUAUUCAUGCAUGGUUGAUCUCCUGGGUCGCUCUGGGCUUCUGAAUGAUGCUUAUGAGCUGAUUAAAUGUAUGUCGUUGAAGCCAAACUCUGCCAUUUGGGGGGCCCUUUUCGGUGCUUGA